UAAGGACGAGCGCGCGUCACUGUUCGAGUUCUUUCCUGUAAUCACUCUUCAAUGUGGUACAAACACACAGAAUUAUUAUUAAGACUAAUCUGAGGUGCUUGCUCGGACGCUGUCACAUUCAAGUAUAAUAUAUCUAUAAAUUAUGUUUAUAAACUUGUGCAUCUGUUAAGGGCAAAGCAACGUUAUGCAUUGGAUUGAAAACUCCCAGUGGCUUAUUUGGAUGUGCUUGAUAACCGAGUUUGCAACAGUAAUUCCUGUCUCACAGAACCAUCAAGGCCCUUAUUUUACUGAAGAACCGCCAAGCCAUGUGGACUAUCAGAACACUUUGGGGACAGUUAUACAUUGCGCUGCUGGGGGUACACCAAUACCUUCAAUUAAAUGGACUAAACAGGACGGAAGUGACAUUGUUGACGUCGCGGGAUUACGUCAGAGCCGGUCCGACGGAUCUCUAGUGUUUCCACCUUUUCGGGCCCAGGAUUACAAACAAGAGGUGUCGAGUACUUCCUACAGAUGUGUAGCUAGCAACGCUGUGGGUUCUAUCGUUAGUAGGGACGUUCAAGUUAGAGCAGGUGAGAGUAGUGAUUAA